UUUUGCUGUCGAAGCGAAGCGGUGUUGUGUUGCUGUUACCUUGCCGCUGUUCCGUGGAAGAAGAAACCGUUGAGGUUGUGGAGUCAGGAAUUUCGCUGCAAGAGCGCGCGCGCGAGAUCGUGGAGUUGCGGGAAGUGAAGUGCUGCGAUCAACUCCAGGUUUUCGAGGUACACAGUGGAAAGUGGUCUACGCGGCUUUUGUGAGUGUAUGCUGUGUGGUGGCGCGCAGAUCGCGGCUCUUGAGCUAUUCAACGUAGAGUUGCCGGUCUUGGUGGAAGUGUGUGGUAUAGUUCCGUGGCGCGUAAAAAAUACCUUUGGUGAAGCUGUACUGUUGGUGUGGUAGCGCUAGAGAUUCUUUUGCCUUUUCUGGACCAUCUCGAGCUUUGGAGUGCGGGUCUUCACGCAGCAUCCCACAAGGGACUCUGGGUCAAGAAGUUGCGCGCACACGUUUUUGAACACCAGAGUGGCGGAUACACCUAAAGGAAGAGACCGUUGUGUUUUCGUUUUUCGGGAACGCUGCAAAACGGGAAGAAAAUAAAAAUCGGAUGAAACAGCAACAAAAGUAGAGUGAAGACGACUAAAGAGCAAUAAUAAAAGGUUGAAAGAUUUUGUUCCUCUCUUUAACUCCCGUGCUGAAGGUCUGGUUAGUUGUGUUCCAGUUUUGGGAUAUUCACGGUAAAGAGCUCGUUCGGAAGAAGGUGUGGACCCCGAAAGUGAAACAGCUCAAGGAGAAGUGACCCGGCCUGAAGAAGCGAUUUCGUAGGAAAACACGUGGAACCGUAACGAGAGAGAGAGAGGUGCGAGGGUGGCUUGUUGGCGUAUGUGUAAUACACAUAGUUUGGUGAAGAAGGAAGAGACGCUUAAGAAAACAGCAGAAAAAUCUAUCAAAACAACUUGUGAGGAAGUGUGAGGUGAACGGUGCGUUAUUAUUUGGUAUUUGGAUUGCUGGAACAACAUCGAAGAAGACGACGACGCACUUGUACGGAAUCUGUGAAGUGGAAGUUGACGACAGUUUGUGGGCGCGACGAACAACAAAUUUGAAGAGCUGUUGUGGAACAGGAUCUAGAAUUGGACGGUAGACGUGAGAGGUUCAAAAUUUUAGGACUUCAACGACUUUUUUGCGCACGAACCUGCGAGGACACGACUGUUGAAGACUGUUGCGCGGUCAGUCAGUGUGUUUCGGGCGGUGCUGAGCGACGACCUGACCGGUGGUGUUCCAGAGUAUGGAUUUCGUUGCCGGGGAUUGCUGCCCGGGCUGGUUCGCUGUGGACGGUCGCCAGAGUUAUGGUGAGGCGCGGUAGUGAUAAAGAAUUACUUUUUGCCUGCAUCGCGCGAAGAAUGCCCACUGGAAAAUGCCGUAAUAGUUAGUGUUUGAUAAGGUGGAAAGUGAAGAGAAACAAGUGAGGCAACGAAGAAGUGGAAUAAAGCUGGAGGAUUGAAGAGGAAGAUGAGCGAGUAGCUAUUUGGAUAGGCGAAGGCUGAAGGUGAUAAGAGCUAGUGCGCGCGCGGUGAAGUUACAAAGAAUGUGAUGAUCGAAUGUGGAAACGAAGCGAAGAUGUGGUAUUUCAAUCUAGCGUUUUAAGUGCCUCCCGAACGUCGACGACUAGUUAGAGUUAUCUUGUAGCGAGUGUGUGUGUUUGUUCGUCUACGACUCACCACGAAGAAAGCACCCCAGUGAAAUCUAUAUCUAAGGAAAAAAGAAGCAUUUGUCGUCCCCUUGGAAAGUUAAGUAAUUAACGUGCCGCGACCCAGCUUAGCCCGAGCGACAAGAACGUCGUCGUCCCCAACACAUUCCUCUCUCAAUCCCACACGCAGCAUUCCCGUAGUCAUGUCAACAAAUAGUAAUAACCUGAAGCUAUCUGGAAAUAUUAUCAGUCUGACAAGUAACAAACAGCCAAUACUACAACAGAAAUCCAAACUAAAACAACCGCCGCCACCGAUAGCGGCCAGUUCAUCCACCACCAACGGACAGCAGUCCAGCAACGGCACUUCGACAGGUACGACUGUCGGCGGCCAACCGUCGUCCGCGCUGAACGGUGGAACCAAACCACCAGUUCAGUCGCAACAGCAGCAAGUUCUGCAGCAGCAGAAACAGGCCCAACAGGCGGCAUCCCACAUUCCGCCACGCUAUCAACCGCCCCCGCAACCUCCGGGAGGCAUCCUCAAGCACCACAUCAUCCGUAACGGCGGCAUCCCACCUCUGGCGAGAUCGUCAACAGUUCCUAGCAUUAUCUACCCGACCGACCUCAACACCGGUCACCACCACCUCAAAUUCCCCCCGGAAAUCCCAAAAUCAUCCGGACUCUACCUCCCGGAAAACCUCAAACACCAGCUCAACCCCUCGAGGCUCGCCGUCCCACGGUCCCAUCUCCGCUUCUCAAACCAACACCAACAACUCGCCCCCAACAACCACCAACAACCAUCCCAUCACCUCCCACCACCCCCACCACACCUUCGUCUAAGCUCCGAAUCCUCGUCCGAGGACCAAACCACCACCAGCUCAACGCGAUCCCUACAGCAACACCUCCAACAACAACAACAACAACAACAACACCCAAAACAACCAACCCAACCCUCCCCGCAACCCCAGUCCCAGGGUCACAUCCAGCAAACGACGGCCAUCGUCCAUCACCAUCAACCGCCGAGCCAACAAGCGCCACCAAUCCCGACGUCCGUCGCCAACAACAACAACAACAAUCAGCAACACCCAAAUCAUCAUCAACACCAGCAGCAGCAACAGCAGGAGAUGCUCAAGUUUGUCCGGAAGGCCGAGUCGGAGACGUCGUCCACGCCGACCUCGUCGAGCGGGGGCGGCGGCCGGAUAUCGUCGAUCGAGCAGAAUCGACACUUUCAGAACCUGCUCGCCGAGCUGCGCGCACUGAAAGAGGCUAACCAGCGGCUCAGCGAUGACAACCAGGAACUGCGGGAUCUGUGCUGCUUCCUGGACGAUGACCGGCAGAAGGGCCGCAAGCUGGCCCGGGAGUGGCAACGGUUCGGCCGGUACACGGCCAGCGUGAUGCGCCAGGAGGUGUCCGCUUAUCAGACCAAACUGCGCCAGCUUGACGACAAGCAGCAGGAGUUGAUCAGGGACAACUUGGAGUUGAAAGAGCUCUGCCUGUAUCUGGACGAGGAGCGAAGCAACCCGAAUCGACCCUCGGGAGGUAGCAAUGGCGGAGGAGGAACUAAUGGAGGAACGGGUGCGGGAGUCACCUGUUCCAACUGUGGCAGCAAUAACACCAACGCGCAGUCGGCUUCGUCCAUGCUGCCGCUCCGGGAUGACGGAGACGGAAGCAGCUCGAGCACGAACGCCGACGAGAACCAGCAGAUGUGUGGAGGACAGUUUGGCCGGAACGGGUUGGCGGACCUCACCAUCCGGUCUCCGCUCAGCGACCAAACCCUGCAGUACGUCCGCUCGCUCGAGUCCCGAAUACGGCAGCUGGAGGAGGAACGCUGCGCCAUUCUGAAGAACGUCCCCCUGAACCCCACAUCAAACGGCCACGUUCCAGAAGGAAAGCAACAACUUCAACAACAACAACAGCAACAAAUCGUCAUGGAUCCCAUUUCUGGCCGCCCCGAAGCCGUCGUUCGAGCGCUCCAAGUCCUCGAAGUCCGCGAACAGCUCGAGCGGGAACGAAUCGGUCCGAAUCUUGUCCCAGACGCCCUGGACGACGGAGAAAAGGCGCUCGUCCGCGAAAUGUGCAAUGUUGUGUGGCGAAAGCUCGAGGACGCGCCCAACACCGGCAUCGAUCAGCACGUCUGACCGGACCACGUGUGCAGAUCAUGGCCACGUGACUCAGCGGAAAGCCUCAAAAGCAGCAGCACUCAUCAAGAACUUGAUCUUGAGAAACUAGUUCUCCUCUUCCUUGAUGAUGUACAAAUUAAUUAUAAUGAUUCUUCAGAAAAAUAGAAUUGAGAUGGGCAAAGGCACGCGUUCUUAAAAAGCAAAAUCUAACCCUAAAAGAAUUCACAUUUCUAAUGUUCAGAAAGGAUCAACCUUCGUCCGAAAAAAAGGAAUGCAACACAACACUCGGACAAAAAGGAAACGAAUCGAAUCCAGCCUAACCUAUUCAAUUAGACUUAACCGAAAGUAUUUAUCAUCGUUUAUAUUUAUACUUUCCCCUCCCUCCUCCGUCUUCUUACCGGGCUUUAAGAAGAAAUUGUUGUGCAGGAGGAGAAGGUUGUGCAGACAGUGUAAUUACCGGGCAGCACGAGAGUAACGAGAGUAGCUCCUAACACGCGGAAUUCUUUUGGCUAUUUAAGGCACUCGGUGUGGCCUUUUUUUUUAAAAGGUAACUGGUUUCGACUGGCCGAACCUCCCAACGGAUAGUGAAAGGAAUGUUUAUGGGGCAGCUUGUAUAAAGUGUACACUUAAAAUAUGAUUGAAUAGGGCUUUUUAACAAUAUGUAACAUGUGUGUAAAGGAGAACUUGAAAAAAAUAUGGACUAAUAUUUCAGCGCUAUGUAUCUGUGUAUCCGCGAGGAUUUCUUUGUUAGAGUUGUUUUUAUAUACAUAAUUUUUACACUUAUUAAACGGUUGUUAUUGAGAAGAA